GCUCUGACGCGCUGACAGCGAGCCACAACACGGACACACGCAUCUCGAGUGCGCACCGUCGCUCCUCUGCCUCGCGGGAAGCGUCCCGCUCGUACGAUGCCCGGGGCAGCGGCAGCGCGUCCGCUCGUUGCGCACGUCGGCUGCUACCGGUGGAAGUGACAUCCCUCCGUGACAGCCGUGCCCCGCGGAGACGUUCCCCGAGACCACUGACGGGAUCUAUGGGCGCAGCCGCGGAUGCUCCAAGCGCGCUCUGGUGAUCUAUGCUGACCGCCGCCGCCGGCGCCGUGGGGGUCGAUUCAGCUCCGACACGGGAAGGAUAGUUUAGAAAGAGAGAGAGAGAGAGAGAGAUGGGGAGCACGACCUCUUGCUGCGUGUCUGGCACCCCCAAGCUCCGCAGAAAUGCCCACUCGAGGCUGGAGUCUUACCACCAGGAGUCGGAUCUGAGCAGGGAGGAGACAGGAUGCAACCUGCAGCACAUCAGCGACAGGGAGAACGUUGACGAGCUGAACAUGGAGUACAAUCCGUCGGACCAUCCGCGGGCCAGCACCAUAUUCCUCAGCAAAUCGCAAAAUGAUGAGUUGCCUUACAGGAAUGUGCGAGAAAAACGAAAGAGCCUCUUCAUCAACAAUCACGGAACAUCGAGGCGGAAAUACAGCUCCUGUUCCACCAUCUUCCUCGACGACAACACCGUCAGCCAGCCCAACCUCAAAUACACCAUCAAAUGUGUAGCGCUGGCGAUUUACUACCACAUAAAAAACAGGGACACGGACGGAGGAAUGCUUCUCGAUAUCUUUGAUGAGAAACUUCACCCUCUCUCGAAAUCGGAGGUUCCGCUGGACUACAACCAGCAUGACCCGGAGCAGAAGCAGAUCUACCGAUUCGUGAGGACGUUGUUCAGCGCUGCCCAGCUCACGGCCGAGUGCGCCAUCGUCACGCUGGUUUACCUGGAGAGGCUCCUGACCUACGCAGAGAUCGACAUCUGUCCCGGGAACUGGAAGAGGAUCGUCCUGGGAGCGAUCCUCCUGGCCUCAAAGGUCUGGGACGACCAGGCGGUGUGGAACGUCGACUACUGCCAGAUCCUCAAGGACAUCACAGUGGAGGACAUGAACGAACUGGAGCGCCAGUUUCUGGAGCUGCUGCAGUUCAACAUCAACGUGCCGUCCAGUGUCUACGCCAAGUACUACUUUGACCUGCGCUCGCUCUCAGAGUCCAACAACCUCAGCUUCCCUCUGGAGCCGCUCAGCAGGGAGAAGGCCCAAAAACUAGAGGCUAUAUCCAGACUAUGUGACGACAAGUACAAAGACACGCGGAGAGCGGCCAGGAAGCGCUCGGCCAGCGUGGACAAUCUGUGUGGGAUCCCGUGGGUUCCCGCUAUCCUCUCCUAACCACUGACAGACUCUGGCGUCAGGACUGUUCGAGGCAGAGGAGAAGAGACCGUGCACACACGGUCGAAACCGGAUUCAAGGAAUCUGAACUGCUCGCGUACGGAGAGGUUUCUACUUAACGUGAUGCCUUUGCAGUGCCUCCACCCUUCGUGUUACGAGAGAAGGAGGGAAGGAAGGAAGUUUCUGGUGGUUUCAUUACCUGAGGAGGAACAUUUAUCUUUGGACCACAACAGACAGAGCCUUAAAACUCUUAUGGCAUUAUGAAGCUGUCUUAAUAUAAUCUAUUUCCGGCCUCGUUUUAAAAGAUUUGACAUGCCCUGUCCUCCAGGUGGCCCCGCAGCUUCACAGUGACACACGUUAUUUAUUUUUACUCCACUGUCACAACUUUUCCGCCUGUCGCAGCCGAACCUGCAAAGCCGAACUUCACAAACGUUGGACUUUCUACCGGUUAUUUAUUUCCUCUUGGAUUUCACGGGAUAGCGUUAGUUUUUUCUCCUUUCGGAAAUCUUCAAGGUUUACAGUAUUUCUAGUUGCACCUCUUGAUACUCAGGUAGUCGGUUUAAUAUGUUGAUUUAUAUUUGCUCCUCGUCUCGGUUAUGUUGAGGACAGAAACACACGUUUUGAACACGAAAAGGGCCGGAACAAAUUAAAAAAAAAAAAAGUUCAUAUUUCCAGUGUAAUAUUGUAGUUAUGGGGGACGUGCACAAUCAAAAAAACCCUUUUCCUUCACACUUUAACAGGCAGGAAGUACUUCACAGCAUGAUUUCUACACUCAAUCAGUAUUUAGUGAUACAGAGGAGGAUUAGGGCCACUGAAAAUGCAUUUAGAGCAAAUUAUUUUUUUUUUUUUUGUUCUGACUUUAAUCUCAGAAAAAAAUUAUCUGAGAUUAAUUUCAUUAAUCUCAGAUUAUUCUCAGAAUUCUGACUUUUUUCUCAGAAUUCUGACUUUAGCCUCACAGUUUUGAUUUUAUUCUGAGAAUGACUUAAAUCUCAGAAAUCUGACUUUAAUCUCCCAAUUCUGACUCAGAAUUCUCAUUUUUUUCUCAGAAUUUUGACUUUUUUCCUCAGAAUUCUAACUUUAAUCUCAGAAUUUUGGUCUUUAUUCUGAGAAUUCUGAGAUUAAAGUGUAAAGUUAAAGAAAAAAAAACAUUCACUCUUACUGCAUUUUUUUUCCAGUGGCCCUAAUCCUCUUCCGUACAGUAACUUCUCAAGUGUUUAUUUAAUUUUUUUGCCAUGAGCCGAGAAGAAGCUUAGAGUAGAAUGAAGCACACCUCUCUUUCUGUGAACCAUUCAUCAAAAAGUUGUGGGAUUUCAUGGUACAUUUGAGCUGGAUUUGGAUGAAAAACACAUCUCACAGCAGGAAAUGUUACAUUUGCAUUAGAAAAGCAUUACCUGCGGUUUCAUUGUGAGUAACCCACAGGCGAUGUGGGCUGUUCGUGCUAUGAAAACUAUUCCCAGUUAGUUUUGUUUUCUUGGACACUGACCAGCAUGUAACGAGGAGGGAGAGAAAAUAAUCCUCAUUAUGCACCUUACACAUAUACUGCAUUUCUCUUAUUUAAUAAGCUCAAAGACUUAAAUAAGCUCAAAAUUCUAAAUAAAUAGCACAUUUGAUUGCAGGUGGAAGCACAAGCAUCAACUGCAGCCACAGAGACUGUGUUUUUAAAACCGUUGUCAUGGCGACCUGAGGAUUGCUCUUUUUCUUGAUUAUCUGAGGUUGGUUCAAAAAAACGACUGCAUGUCAGAGUCCGUGCAGAGCUUUAAACAAGCAUUAACAGUUUAACAUGUGUAACUCUUCACUGGAUGAACAGGCCGUAGGUAUUUAUUUAUUUUUCUAGUCGACUGAUUCUUCUUGAAAGAAAGCAGCAGCUGAUAAAAUACGCUUCCUCCCGGCACAAGAAGUUCUCCUCAGAACGUCUUAAAUGAUAAAGAUCCUGUUUUAAAUAUGCUGCUCAUGUGGCUCCAAAAAAGUGAGGAAAAGAGAUUUUCCUUUGCCCUCCGUUUCUAGAUUUCCCCUUGAUGUCCAACCUCGAAGCAACACGUGAGAGAAGGUCGCAACAUUCCUUUGUUUUUAUUUAUUCCGUAUUACAGAGUCACUGUAGAUGACGAUAUGUUACCAAUAAUGUACACUUGAUUUGGAAACGAUUAAAAAAUAUAUCCGGCCUCAGAAGUC